GGCUUAUCAUUAGGGUCUCGGGAGGUCGGUCUCUCACUCUCUGGGAUAGACGAAAUUUUUGCGCAGUUUUCGCGAAACCAAAGAAACGAGCGGACGAUUAGAACAAAAUGCGCUGGAAGCAACUGCUAACCGUGUGCUUAGUUAUAGCCACUAAAUCGGUGCUGGUGCUGGGAAAGAAUGCCAAGGAGGCGGAGUCCGAAACGGGGAUCGAAUCGGGGCAAUUCUUUAGCCAACUCUACAAGAGCAAUCUCCGGCAGAUGGUCCGCAUGAAGAAUGAUUCAGCCGAUGCCUGCGAUGACUUCUAUGCCCAUGCCUGCGGUAACUUUGAGCAAUCUCUGGUGGAUGAGGAGGAAGUGCCACCGUAUCUGUACAACAAACAAGAUCGAAUGAGCUUCUUUCAGGCACAGUAUGGAAAUUUCGAGACAUUGCCAGGUCGCUUGAUCUCCCAGCUGUACUCGGAGUGUCGCAGCAGAGGGGAGAAUCAUGUGCUGAGUGUGAGGCCGCAGCUGCCGCACUGGGAGCGUCUGCUGGAGGAGAUUCCAUUCCUGAGAGAGCAUGGGGAAGAGCUCUCCACGUGGCCCUUCCUCCGGCAUCAGUGGGAACGCAGGCAGCUAGAUGGGAGGCUCAAUUGGAUCGCUCUCUCAGCUCAGCUGGCGGCGCAUGGGCUGCCAACACUCCUCCACAUCUACUUUGCCGUGCAGACCAUCUAUGUGAGUGCCAUCCAGAAUCAACCUUGUCCCAGCAUGGAGGAGUUCCAGUCGAGUAUGUCCGAUGUCCUGGCGGGUCGCCAUCGCAAUGUGGGACACAUAGUCGCCCACGAGAUGCGAAUCCUAUGCCGUGGAAUGAGAGGAGAACUGCCGCUAGUCAGGAGUCUUACAAGGAAUGGCAGAACCACACCUACACCCGAUCAGGAGCAGCUCCUACUGGACGACAAUACCAUGGAGUACUUUCAGCACUUUUUCGCAGCACUCAACUUCACAGAGGAGCAGCUGGAGACGGCGCGAAAACUCCCUUUGGAUGUGGAGAAGAUAACCCAAGCUUGGCAGGUCCUGCGGCAAACGGAACCCCGCAUCGUGUACAACUAUGUGCUGUGGCAGGCCAAGGAGCAGCUCCUCUACACGGAUUGCUACCAGCUGGCCGAGGAGUUCGAGCGUUUACUGCACUCUGAAUACUGGCAGUGGCAUGUCCUGAGUCCCCAGAUAAGCCGAGAGGUGGCACUGGCCUCCUAUCAACUGCAUACCACACGCUUCCAGCAGCGGCGACGCUCGACUCUGUCUCGAAGGGAUUGGUAUGGCCACCUGCUGCCAGCUUCAGUGGAACGCAAGGAGCUGCAGGUGGCCCGAGUGCUGCAGUCCCAUGCUCAGGCCUACCUCAAUAUCACGGAACUAAACGAUAGCUACAGGGAUCUGGGCUUCUCCAGCAAUGCCUUCCAUGGGAAUCUGCUGCUGCUCAGACGAGCCCAACUUCGGCACAGCUUCAGCUCGCCCUACAUCGACGAGGAGGAUGUCAAUGGUCCAGCCUACUUCCUGCGCCACUUUCUGCACUUUGUGCUGCUCUCGCUCCAUCGACCCAUCUAUCACUACUAUGCCACCCAGGGCCUGGAGCUGUGGCGCCAGUCGCAACUCCUGCUGGACACCGACGGACGGUACACCGCCCUGGACUGCCUGGAGCGACAGUCGCUGCAGCACUACGACUCCCGUCUGGCGCCCAUCUACCGGCAACUCAGCACGGAUGAGAUUGGGGAGAUCUUUCUCUUUUAUCGCUCCUUUCAGGCCACUCUGCGGGACUAUCGCUUCUGGCUUCAGGGCGAGCGCUUCGCCUUUGCAGAGACUUUUGUGCUGAAGUACUUUCAGCUGGAUCCGCACCGGGUGCUCUUCUAUGCGGUGGCCCAGCAGCUGUGCAACCGUCAGACGCAGAUCUUUGCCGCCCAACUGAAUCGGGGAUACUUGAAUAUGCCCGAGUUCCAAGAGGCGUUCAAGUGUGACCCGGAUAAGCCCAUGAAUCCACCAGCCAGGUGUAUGCUCAGUGUGUGUGAUUAAUAAAUCAAAGUUCCAUCUAUUUAAGUAUUAUCUGAGCGGUUCAAUACGAACAGCCUUAAGACUUGCACAUAUGUAAAUACAUAUCCUAUAAAUAAUUUAAUGGAGCUGACGAAACUACCAAUCUGUGGGCCCACAUGUCGCUCAUUUAUGGGCACGGGUGGCAAAUGUACAUAAAUAUUGUAUGUCUGUCUAUUAAUUCGCAUUUUGUUUGACAUUCCGUAGAGAAGAUUAUUGGUACACAUUUAUGCAUGUGUGUAGAAAUAGAUAUAGAAUAGAUAUAGUUUGGAUUUGGUGCGGAAUUAUCGUGGGUGUUCUAGACACACGUAUUGGCUAUAAAUUGGAAAACCAUGAGGGACGCUUCCAGGGAGCUAAAACACACUUCUGGGCAGAACAGAAUAAAUAUAUUCAUGUACGAAUCACGAUAAAUCACUUGCCAUGACAGCCACACAACACAUAAUGAUAUCCAUCGAGUGUGGUCUAUAAAGUAAAAUCCAACCAAAAUGUUAAUCUCA